AUGUCUUCCGUUUCCCAGCUCAAAGGCCCCAGGCCCAGAUUUCUCGAAACGUCCAGCCUCUAUCUUCACAUUUUCAGCUCACAUAUCUCCCGCAUUCUCAUCAAUAAGGCCGUCAUCUUCACAAUACUCGCGUCAAUUCUCAUCAACCAACGAGGUACGCCUGCUGUCGCAAGACCAGGGAGUCCUCAGGCUAUCUGGGAUUCGGCGAAGACCAGGUACAGCCAUCUAGAUGACGACAAAUUCACCAUCGCUAUGCUUACCUACCGACGUCCGAAAGAACUGAACCAUACGCUAUCAGUCUUACUCGAAGAAAAGAUCCCGUCACUCCAUGAAAUUGUCGUCGUCUGGGGCGACGUUGAUGAAUUACCGCCAACGAGCUUCACAUCGAAGCAUGGAGUUCCUGUGCGAUUUCGGAGAGGUCUACAAGACAGUCUCAACGAGAAGUUCCGACCGGAUCCCGACUUCAAGACCCAAGCCAUACUCUUGACAGACGACGAUGUGUACUAUCAGCCCAGCGACCUUGAGUUUGUGUUCCAGACGUGGAAGAAAUUCGGCCGAUACCGUCUCACUGGCGCCCUCGCUCGUUGCUACGACAAGGAUGCAAAGGGUCAAUACAGCUAUAAUUUCUGUCGGGGAGAGAAGCGUGAAGAGUACUCCAUGGUUCUGACCAACCUUUGCUUUUCACACAUUUCUUUUAUGGACUAUUAUUGGUCUGAAGAUAGCACUAUGGAAAAGGUUCGGGAAUAUGUCGAUCAACACUUUAAUUGUGAAGAUAUUGCACUGAAUUACGUCCAAGGAUUGCUUACAGAACAAGGGCCCCUGCUAGUGAGAGGCUGGGAAGACUUUAUGAACCUCAACCCUCCUAGCGGUAUUAGCACAAAGCCUGGUCAUCUGCAGGCACGGAGCCAGUGUUUAAACGAUUUUACAAAGAUUUUCAAGUCUAUGACUUUGGUUCACGAGACGGGGUAUAUUAAAAGAGGUGUUGAGUGGUAA